UGAAAGUGUGUCGUCAUCAUUACUCUGGUAGACUAGUUCACAGUGUUUUCUUCGUCGCUGAUCACUAACUUCACCUGGAAGGCGAUGACGAGGAAUCCAAUGUGAAAUUAGGUCAGUCAAAAUUUCGAUUCGACCUCUCUACUUGUUCAUCUCUCAUUCACAAAAAUUACUGAGAAGUAGUCACAGGCUUUGAUUUUUGUUAUUGGUUUCGGACGGUGGAGCGAUAAUGGAGCCUCCUCUGCCGGCGAACUACGUCACUCUGCUCCAGCUGAAGGAGCGGUACCUGAAAGAGAAGGAGCGGGAGCGAAAGGAGAAGGAGCGGGAAGAAGAACGGAAGAAGGAGGAGCGAGCGCAGAAGGAGAAGGAGGAGCGAGAACGAGAACAAGCGGAGAAGGAUCGAGCGCAGAAGGAAAAGGAGGAGCGAGAGCGAAAGGGGAACUACGUCACUCUCCUCCAGCUCAAAGAGCGGUUCCUGAAAGAGAAGGAGCGAGAGCAAGCGGAGAAGGAUCGAGCGCACAAGGAGGAGGAAGAGGCGAAAUUGCGGAAGCCAGACGGCGUCGUUGUGGUGAGGAAUAGGGGGAGGUUUGAUCGGAGGGAGAUUCGGCCGGUUGAUUGGAGGGAGCUUCGGCCGCUUGAUCGGAAAGAGUUUCGGCCGGUUGAUCAGAGUGUUUCGGAGUGCAAGGGUGGGGAGAUAGAGGGGAAGAGCGAGAAGCCGCCGGAGGAGGAGAAGAAGAAGAAGAAGAAUAAAUGGGGGAAUAGGAAGAAGAAUAUUAGGGCAGAGAACGAGGAGGUGAGAAGUGAGAAGGAAGGUGUAGUAGUUCUGGUGGUUCAAGAGAGUAGCGAGAAGGCAAAUAAUGGUUUCAGAAGGAAUGGAGUAGAAAGGAGAAGAGCUGGUGGUGUUGAGUUUAGGGAAAAGAGCAAGAAUGGGGAGGAGAUUGAACCAAAAGCUAGGAAUUUAUUGAUAAAUGGUGAGACUGAAAUGGGGGAUGAUAGGUUGAGGAGGCCAAAUAGCAGGAAUGUGGGUGCGAAAGACGAGAUUGAGCCGAAAGUUAGGGACUUAAGGAUGGAUGGUGAGACUGAAAGAAGGAAUGAUAGGCGGAGGAGGUCAAAUAGCAGGAAUGUGGGAGCCAAGGAAGAGAUUGAGCCGAAAGGUAGGGACUUGGGGAUGAAUGGUGAGACGGAAAGAGGGAAUGAUAAGCAGAGGAGGCCAAAUCGCAGGAAUGGGGGUGCCAGGGAGGAGAUUGAGCUGAAAGUUAGGGACUUUUCGAUGAAUGGUGAGACUGAAAGAGGGAGUGAUGGGCUGAGGGGGGCAAAUAGCAAGGAGGAGAGUGAGCCAAAAGUUAGGGAUUUAUCGAAGCAUGGUGAGACUGAAAGAGGGGAUAGGCUGAGGGGGCCAAAUAGCAAGGAGGAGAGUGAGCCAAAAGUUAGGGAUUUAUCAAAGCAUGGUGAGACUGAAAGAGGGGUUAGGCUGAGGGGGCCAAAUAGCAAGGAGGAGAGUAAGCCAAAAGUUAGGGAUUUAUCGAAGCAUGCUGAGACUGAAAGAAGGGAUAGGCUGAAAGGGCCAAAUAGCAAGGAGGAGAGUGGACCAAAAGUUAGGGAAUUAGCGGUGACUGGCGAGAGUGAUGGAGGGGAAGAUAGAUUGUGGAGGCUGAAGGGCAAGAAUGUGGGUGGGAAGGAUGAGACUGGGCUGAAAGUUAUGGACUCAUCAAUGAAGGCUGAGAGUGAAGGAGGGGAUGAAAAGUUGAGGAGGCCAAGUGGGUCUGAUUACCGUGGUAAUGGAAAAACUGGGGGUUACAAGAAAGAGAAACAGAGACAGUGGGCUGGCCUGGCUUGGGUGAAGAAGGGAGAGGUUUCUGAUGGCAAUGUUGCUGGAGUUCAAAACUGAGCAUUCUAUUUCUGGUUCAACUAGAGCGUCUUCGAAUGCAAAUUCACUGAAAUCGGCUGGCGCUAGGAGAGUGAUCCAAUACAGGGGAAGUGAAAUAAAUGCCAACUAAAAUUGUUGUGGUAAUGCAGUGUUUAUAGUUGAGGACUUGUAAAUGCAGUGGAAAACAUACAUCUUUCUGUUUUAUGAUGGACCUAAUCAGUAUUCAGGUAUUUUUACGAUGGACCUAAUCAAUUCGAGUUUUGAGCUAAAUGAACAAAAGAAUGAAAGAUGAUGAUCCUCUGCUACCUUUCAUUAAUCUGCAUUCGUGUUGGCUUCUAGGCCAUUCCAUUGUAGAUGGAGUUAUUGAUGUAUUUCACAUUGUAUGUCCACCUUGCCAGACUCCCCAUUUUGUA